AACCCCCCAAGCUUCCUCCUUCAUCUCUCUCUUUCUUUCUCUCUCAUACAAAUCAAUUGACGGUUAGCUUCGAUAGAUAUCAUAAUUUGAAAUGAAAAAUCUUAAGCUCUUCUGGGAGUUCACUUCCAAUCUCGAGUUACAGUCGAAUGACGAAGUUAUCCGUUUUGCGGCAUUGGAUAUCGAUAGAAAUCGCCUCUUCUUCUGUUCAUCGACCAAUUUUAUUUACUCAACUCAGCUUUCAUCUCCUCAAGAAGGAAGAAACAACACCUCUUUGCAUGUGAUUGAGGCCAUUGAUAUAGAACCCGACGAUGUCAUUACUUCGAUGGACUAUCUCAUGGAGAAAGAAGCAUUGAUCCUUGGAACUUCUAAAGGUCUUCUUUUAUUAUAUAAUAAUGAAGAUGGUGCAACAGAAGUUGUUGGUAAAGUGGAAGGAGGUAUUCGGUGUAUCUCACCUAGUCCAGAUGGUGAUAUGCUAGCAGUUAUUACUGGUCAUGGACAGAUUUUGAUGAUGACUCAUGAUUGGGAUUUGUUAUAUGAGAUGGCCAAUGAUGAACUUCAUGAAGACAUUGACGUAAGUGAACAAGCCAUGAUUCCUAACAGUUCGACUGAGAAUCCCCUUUCUUGGAGAGGUGAUGGGAAGUAUUUUGCUACUUUAAGCACAGCUCAAGAAUCAUCUUCUCUACACAAGAAAAUCAAAGUAUGGGAACGAGAUUCAGGAGCACUGCAUUCUGUUUCAGAAUCAAAGGGCUUCAUGGGGGCAGUUCUAGAAUGGAUGCCUAGUGGAGCUAAAAUAGCAUCCGUUUACGAUAAACAACAUGAGAACAACUGUCCAUCUGUAGUUUUCUUUGAAAGAAACGGUCUGGAAAGAAGUUCGUUUAGUAUUAAUGAGGAAUCAAAUGCUGUGGUGAAUAUGAUGAAGUGGAACAGCAAUUCAGAUCUUCUUGCAGCUAUUGUCAGAUGCAAACAAUACGAUCUCAUCAAAAUCUGGUUCUUCAGUAACAACCAUUGGUACUUGAAAAAGGAAAUUAGAUAUUCCAAGGAAGAUAGUAUAAGAGUCAUGUGGGAUCCUACCAAUCCAAUGCAGUUGAUUUGUUGGACAGCAGGAGGACAGAUCACAGUUUGCAAAUUCAGCUGGGUUACUGCUGUCAUGGAGAAUUCGACAGCGUUAGUUAUUGAUGGCUACAAUAUGUUCUUGACCCCUCUAUCUUUAUCUCUAAUCCCACCUCCUAUGUACUUGUUUAAGUUGAGAUUUCCCAGUCCCAUUAGUGAUAUAGCAUUUACUUGCAAGGGUUCUAAGAAUCAUUUGGCUGCAUCCUUAUCUGAUGGAAGUUUGUCAAUUGUUGAACUCCCCAGUGUUGAUACUUGGGAAGAAUUUGAGGGAAAAGAAUUCAUAAUUGAUUCUUGCUAUUCCGAUACAGAGGUUGGAUCACUACGCCAUAUUCAAUGGUUGGAUUCACAUGUUCUUCUUGGUGUUGCUCAUUAUGGGUCUAAGCACAGUGGUCGUCCUGGCUAUUACCUGCAGGAAAUUGAAAUUGUAUGCUCUGAGAAUCACAUCCCAGAUUUAGUGACGUCAUCAGGUUGGCAUUUGAAAAAUUCAAGUAAUACAUUCCUUGAAGAGGUAGUAAUUGGAAUCGUUCCGAAUUUAACAAAAAAAUAUUCGGCAUAUGUUCAAUUUGACGGAGGAAAGGUUUUCAACUACACGUCAAAGCUAGGGCUUGUUCCAUGCUUUCAAAGGGAUGAUGACAAGGGAUUUCCGACAUCUUGUCCUUUGAUGAAUGUAGUUUCUGUUGGAGACAAUGUGGCAUCAAAUUAUUUGCUUUUCGGCCUUGAUGAGAGUUAUAGACUGCAUGUUAAUGGGAGGGUAUUAUGCAACAACUGUAGCAGUUUUGCGUUUUAUUCGUGUCUUGCAGACCAAGUAAUUACACACAUAGUGCUUGCAACUAAACAAGAUUUGCUCUUCAUUGUCGAUAUUGGUGACUUGUUAAAUGGAGACUUGGAGGUUAAUAAGUAUGAGAAUUUCAUGCCUGUAUUCAAGAGAAGAAAUGAAGAAGAAAAUAGAAAGUAUGGGAAUAUAUGGGAAAGAGGAGCUAGAAUAAUCGGCGUUAUUCAUGGUGAUGAAGCUGCUGUCAUACUACAAACCGUUAGGGGAAACCUCGAAUGCAUAUUUCCAAGGAAACUGGUCCUUAACUCUAUCAUCAACGCACUUGAGCAGAACCGUUUCAGUGAUGCAUUCCACAUGGUGAGACGGCAUAGAAUAGAUUUCAACGUGAUUGUUGAUCAUUCUGGUUGGCAAGCCUUUUCUAAAAUAGCAUCGGAAUUUGUCAGACAGGUAAAGAAUCUCAGUCACGUAACUGAAUUCGUUUGUGCGAUGAAAAACGAAAACGUCAUGGAAACCCUCUACAAAAUCUAUCUCUCCCUUCCAGGACAGAAUCUAGAUAAGGGUUAUGAUUCCGACAGCAAAUUAAACUCUGUCCUUCUAGCAAUAAGGAAUGCCCUAGAGGACCAUAUAGAGGAAAGUCCAGCAAGGGAACUUUGCAUAUUAACAACUCUAGCUCGAUCCAAUCCUCCAGCUCUAGAAGAAGCACUCAAAAGAAUAAAAGUUAUUCGAGAGCUAGAGCUAUCAGAUUCAAAUUAUCCCAAGAGAAACACUUCUCCUUCUGCUGAGGAAGCUUUAAAGCAUCUCUUAUGGCUAUCUGAAGCAGAGCCCGUUUAUGAAGCUGCUCUAGGUCUCUACGACUUAAACCUUGCCGCCAUUGUUGCUAUAAACUCCCAACGAGACCCAAAGGAAUUUCUUCCGUUUCUUCAAGAAUUAGAACAAAAGCCAUCCCAGUUAAUGCGAUACAGUAUUGACCUGAAACUGCAACGAUACAAAAGUGCACUCAAGCACAUUAUAACAGCGGGAGAUCCAUAUUUUGCUGAUUCCAUGGACCUCAUGAAAAAAAAUCCCCAACUUUUCCCACUUGGACUUCAACUGAUUAAUAACGAUCCUGCCAAGAGGAAGCAAGUUCUCGAGGCCUGGGGAGAUCAUCUGAACGAUAUAAAACAUUUCGAUGUAGCUGCCACGACUUAUUUGUGUUGUACUAAUUUGGAAAAGGCUUUGAAGGCUUAUCGUGCUUGCGGUAAUUGGAGUGGGGUUCUGACUGUUGCUGGCUUGACUAACCUUGGGAAAGAGGAAGUGUUGCAGUUGGCUACUGAGAUUUGUGAAGAACUCAAUGCAAUGGGAAAACCUAGGGAAGCUGCGAAAUUAGCGAUAGAGUAUUGUGGUGAUGUUGUUAAUGGAGUCGGCUUGUUAAUUACGGCUAGAGAUUGGGAAGAGGCUCUGAGGAUUGCGUUUAUGUACAAGAGAGAUGAUUUGGUCUCGGAAGUGAAGAAUGGUGCUAUUGAAUGUGCUAACUUGUUGAUUGGGGAAUAUGAAGAAGGGUUGGAGAAAGUAGGGAAAUAUUUGACGCGGUAUUUGGCUAUCAGACAGAGAAGGAUAUUACUUGAGGCGAAACUUCGAUUAGAGGAUACAAUGACUGAAGUUGAUGACGAUGUUUCUUCUCAAGCUAGCAGUAAUUUCAGUGGAAUGAGUGCUUACACCACAGGGACAAGAAAGGGAUCAGCUGCUUCCAUCAUCUCAUCAAGUGCAUCGAGCAGGGCAAGAGAUGCAAGACGCCAACGGAACAAGGGUAAAAUCCGUGCUGGCAGCCCGGGUGAGGAGAUUGCUUUAGUGGACCAUUUGAAAGGAAUGUCUUUGACGAGUGGUUCAAAGAGUGAACUGAAAUCUCUACUGAUUUCACUGCUAAUGGUUGGUGAAGAGGCUACAGCAAAGAAACUGCAACGAUCUGGGGAGAAUUUUCAAGUUGCUCAAAUGGCUGCGGUGAAAUUGGCUGAGGAUUCAAGCUCGAGUGAGGUUAUAGAUGAACAAGCUCAUUGUUUGGAUUCUUAUGUUGAGAAAACGAGAAGAGUGGUUCAUGUUUCAGAGGAAUUCUCUUGGCGAUUAGAAGUGCUUAUUUCAUCUAUAUCCUUAGAUGAUUAGAAGAGAUGAUCUAAGUUUCCUUAUAAAAUAGAAGACUUCUAAAUGAGAUGAUCCAUUUUUAUAUCUUUGAACAAAAUUUAUUUUGCAUUUGAAGAAUGUUUUUUGUUUCCAUUUAUUUAUUGCAAUAGAAAGCAAAAUAUUGUAAUUUUGUUGGGUUUGAUUGAUUUCCACCUAAUUUGAGUUAUUUUGUCUACAUUUGAACUGUUUUUAAUUUAUUUAUUGCAAUUGAAG